CAACUGAUGUUUCAAGACCUCUUUGAGUCGUUCUUCAUAUUCAUAAUCAUCUGAGAAUGAGGAGCGCAUUUCUCCUGCUGGCUCUUCUGCUUGGCGUUCACACCUUUCAUAUUAAGGAAAAACCAAAUUCAAAAAAUCAUCAAGAUAUCACAAAAACGGCCAUUUUACGUGCUACUGCAAAGGUCUGCGAGAGCCUUGAUGGCUUCAAAAAGCCAGAACCACUGAAUACAAAGACACUGGCAAAGUCCUGCAAAAAAGACGCAUUCGCAAGUAACUUUGAAACGGGCAUAAAAAUGAUUACCUAUUACAAUGUACAAACAGACACUGACCAUCCUUUCAGUGAGAAAUAUCAUUUUGACAGCGAGUCAUUUUUGGACGGUAAAGCACUCAUAAUCAAAGGACUGGAGGACAUCACAGCUUACAUGAAAAAAAAGAAUUUUGAAGAUGCACGAAAGAGGCUUGGGCAAAUCCUGCACACUUUACAGGAUUUCUACAGCCACAGUAACUGGAUUGAGCUGGGAAACAAGGAACCCUGUACUGCUCUGAUCAAUUUAGAAGAGAGCAUACCCAACCCUGCAGAUGAGAAGACUGAAACCUGUGAUAAUGACACUCCCAAUACAAACACUGGGGCAAAAAUAAAGGAUACCAUUUUAAAGGAUAAGAUUCUGACAUCAGGAUACUUUGGAAAAAGCAAAAAGAAGGGUAAGUGCAGCCAUGGAGGUACUCUAGACCUCUCAACUGGCAUUGGGAGAAGCUGGGACGGUAUCAAUAAGGAUGCCGGUGAUUCCAGUCACGGUUUACUGCAUCUUAAAGCUGCAGAAAUGGCCAUCGCUGCCAGUAUGCAACUGCUGGAGAAGAUACAGACGAGUAAUGAUGACUUCUUCAGACUGAUUGGGCUUUAUAAGGACAAGCCAAAGGGAGAAUGGAAGACUCACUUUUCUCUCUUCAGCUCCAAAUCAAGAGUUUCAGAUGCAAGUGAGAGUUCAAAUGAAGUUAUUGACGUUUAAUGGCAUUGCAUAGGCAAAACAUUAAGUUAUGUUUUGAAAUCUCUAUCACUUCUUGUAUUUCCCUUAUAAGAAAAUUUGUCAAAUAAAGUCUGCUUAAUUGCACAGCAAAA